AUGGACGAGCGAAUGAUCGAGCGAAUGAACGAGCGAAUGAUCGAACGAAUGGACGAGCGAAUGAUCGAGCAAAUGAACGAGCGAAUGAUCGAGCGAAUGAACGAGCGAAUGAUCGAACGAAUGGACGAGCGAAUGAACGAGCGAAUGAUCGAACGAAUGGACGAGCGAAUGGACGGGCGAAUGAACGAGCGAAUGAACGAGCGAAUGACCGAGCGAAUGAUCGAGCAAAUGAACGAGCGAAUGAACGAGGGAAUGGACGAGCGAAUGAACGGGCGAAUGGACGAGCGAAUGAUCGAGCGAAUGAUCGAGCGAAUGAUCGAGCGAAUGAACGAGCGAAUGAUCGAACGAAUGGACGAGCGAAUGGACGAGCGAAUGAUCGAGCGAAUGAUCGAACGAAUGGACGAGCGAAUGAUCGAGCGAAUGAACGAGCGAAUGAACGAGCGAAUGAACGGGCGAAUGAACGAGCGAAUUAUCGAACGAAUGGACGAGCGAAUGAUCGAACGAAUGGACGAGCGAAUGGACGGGCGAAUGAACGAGCGAAUGAACGAGCGAAUGACCGAGCGAAUGAUCGAGCAAAUGAAUGAGCGAAUGAACGAGGGAAUGGACGAGCGAAUGAACGGGCGAAUGGACGAGCGAAUGAUCGAGCGAAUGAUCGAGCGAAUGAACGAGCGAAUGAUCGAACGAAUGAACGAGCGAAUGGACGAGCGAAUGAUCGAGCGAAUGAUCGAACGAAUGGACGAGCGAAUGAUCGAGCGAAUGGACGAGCGAAUGAACGAGCGAAUGAUCGAGCGAAUGAACGAGCGAAUGGACGAGCGACUGAACGCGCGAAUGAACGAGCGAAUGGACGAGCGAAUGGACGAGCGAAUGAACGAGCGAAUGGACGAGCGAAUGAACGAGCGAAUGGACGA